CAACAAACAAACAAAGCAUUGAAUGUUAGUAGUAAUUUGCUUAUGCAGCCUCCCUAUGAAAUGGCCACCAAUACCAAUACCCUUUAUGACCAAGAACAAAAUCUCACCAUUGAUAAUGGUCCUUCAUCCAUUCUCCACACCCCAAACCACAUUCACCCUAUUCUCCAACACUAUCAUUAUUCACAAUCUCCCCAUAACACACAACAACAAAAUCAAGGAUGGAAAGAACAAUGUCACCAAGAAUAUCAACAUUUUUAUCAAUUCCAUCAACAUGAUGAUUACUCACAUAAAUUUCAACCACAUCAACAAACACAUUCUUUGGCUGACAAUAUUGUAAAUCGUUACGUUGAAUGCGAAGGAUCCACCGCCGCAGUAUCUUUUUGGAAAGCAUUCAACAACACAAUAAUCUCCGAUGCAACAGAAAAACAACAACAUGAGAGAUGUUUGGUUCCGGACAACAACUUUGGCGAGCUUGAAGCUGUGUACAAAUACAAACUUGGUCGGAAUCAUCAAGCGCCGUUCAUCGAGGAACAUGAUGACUCAAAGAGAAAGGCUAAAAAGAAAAGGAGAAAGAAGAGAUUGAAAGAAGAAAUGAGUUUGAUGAAUGCAUUCUUUAAAAGAUUAACAAAAAGUGUGGUUAAUCAUCAAGAGGUUUUGCAGAAAAAACUGUUGGAGGUGAUAGAAAGAAUGGAGAAAGAAAGAAAAGAGAGGGAAGAAAAAUGGAGGCGUGAAGAAAAUGAGAUAUAUGAAAGAGAAGCUAUUGUGAAAGAACGUGAGAGAGAUCUUGCUAAAGAGAGAGAGUCUUCCAUUGUUUCAAGCAUUGAGAAAAUAACUGGUAGAAGAUUCAAUAUGUGUGUAACAAUGCCUUCUUCUAGUUCUAGUUAGUCACAAUAAAAAUAGAAGAUUGUAAUUUCAAUUUUAUUUUAAAUGCAAUUUGAGUUUGUGUAAGAAAACAAAUCAACAAAUGCAUUUGCUGAAUU